GACGUAAAGUCCAUGACACAAAACCCAGUCCAACGAAACCAGUCUCCACUCCUCUCCAGCCGACCCCUUCUGUAGCCGCAGCGCCUGCGAAUCUCUCUUUUUCUCUCUCAUUCCUCCAUUCCACUGUAUUAUUUCAGCUCCCUCCGAUCCAAAAUCUUACGCUCAAGCAAAAUGCACUAAGAACAUUAGUGGAUAUCUCCAUGAAUGGAGCCCUCACAACUAUCUGAUCCUCCAAGAUGAGAAAAUCAACGUCCAUUAUUCACCCAGGUCAGUCUUCUCCAGUCACUUCCCUUCACCAUCACCUCUUUAAAAGACCCAUCUCAAUUGCACCUCUUCACAUAGACCCCGACCCGCCUGAUCUCUCCUAUCAACUUCUCUCAAUUAUUUCACUUCCUAACUGGCAAAAACACCCUUCUCUCCGUUCUCUAAUCCCUAAUAUCUCUCCGUUUCAUGUUUCUUCUUUAUUUAACAAUAACCCAAAUCUUGAUCCCCAAACUGCCCUUAAGUUUUUCGAUUUUAUAUCAAGAAAACCUGGGUUUAAGCACACUGUUCAAUCUCAUUCUUUUCUUUUAAACAUUUUGAUUCUCAAUAAAUAUUUUGGUGUUUCCGAGAAAAUACGCAUUUCCAUGAUUAAAAGUUGUAUUUCCAUUGAUGAUAUGAAGUGGGUUUUAGACUUUUUAAGAGAAAUGAAUAGAGAUGAUAACGAAUUGAAGUUUAAGCUUACUAUUAGGUGUUAUAAUGAGUUAUUAAUGAUGUUAUCAAGGUUCUUAUUGAUUGAUGAAAUGAAGAGGGUUUAUGGGGAAAUGUUGAAUGACAUGGUUACACCAAAUAUUUAUACUUUUAAUACAAUGGUUAAUGGGUAUUGUAAGUUGGGGAAUUUAGUUGAGGCUAAUUUGUACGUGAGUAAGAUUUUGCAGGCUGGUUUGCGGCCGGAUACUUUUACUUAUACCUCAUUAAUUUUGGGGCAUUGCAGGAAUAAUGAUGUAAAUAGUGCUUUUAGUGUUUUUAAUAUGAUGCCGAAAAAGGGUUGUCGACGAAAUGAGGUUUCGUACACGAAUCUUAUACAUGGAUUAUGUGAGGUUGGAAGGGUUGAUGAAGGUAUUAGUAUUUUUAAGAAGAUGAGGGAGGAUGAUUGUUAUCCGACUGUACGUACAUAUACGGUCAUUGUACAUGCAUUGUUUGAAAGUGGUAGGAGAAUGGAGGCGAUAAAUUUGUUUAGUGAGAUGAGAGAGAGAGGUUGUGAGCCAAAUAUUCAUACUUAUACUGUGAUGAUCAAUGCAAUGUGCAAAGAAACUAAGCUAGAAGAAGGUAGAAGAAUUUUAGAUGAGAUGGUAGAGAAAGGGUUGGUUCCUAGUGUGCCUACUUAUAAUGCAUUGAUUGAUGGGUACUGUAAGGAGGGAAUGGUGGAGGCUGCUCAGGAAAUAUUGGAUUUGAUGCACUCGAAUAGCUGUAACCCGAAUGAGCGGACUUACAAUGAGUUGAUAUGUGGUUUUUGCAGAAAGAAAAAUGUGCACAGGGCAAUGGCACUCCUUAGUAAAAUGUUAGAGAGCAGACUGACCCCAAGUGUGGUUACAUAUAAUUCCUUAAUCCAUGGACAGUGUAAAAUAGGUUAUUUAGAUAGUGCUUAUAGAUUGCUUAAUUUGAUGAAUGAAAAUGGAGUAGUUCCUGAUCAGUGGACUUACAGUGUUUUCAUAGAUACUCUUUGUAAGAAAGGGAGAAUUGAGGAAGCUAAUGUACUGUUCAAUUCUCUAAAGGAGAAAGGCAUAAAGGCAAAUGAAGUGAUAUAUACUGCAUUAAUUGAUGGAUACUGCAAAGCUGGGAAGAUGGAUGAUGCUAAUUCUUUGCUUGAUAGAAUGCUUACCGAGGACUGUUUGCCUAACUCAUCAACUUAUAAUGCGCUUAUAGAUGGAUUGUGCAAAGAGAGAAAAGUUCAAGAGGCACUUUUGUUGAUGGAAAGCAUGAUACGGAAGGGUCUGAAAUGCACAGUUCCCACAUAUACGAUUCUUAUUGUAGCAAUGUUGAAAGAGGGUGAUUUUGACUAUGCUCAUAGGAUUUUAGAUCAAAUGGUUUCCUCAGGAUAUCAGCCUGAUGUGUAUAUUUACACUGCAUUUAUUCAUGCUUUUUGCACCAGAGGAAAUAUAAAAGAAGCAGAAGAUAUGAUGAGUAUGAUGUUUGAAAGAGGUGUUAUGCCUGAUGCACUAACUUACACAUUGGUAAUUGAUGCAUAUGGCGGUUUGGGAUUAUUGAAUCCUGCAUUUGAUGUUCUCAAGCGAAUGUUUGAUACUGGUUGUGAUCCUUCUCAUCAUACCUAUUCUUGUUUAAUCAAGCAUCUCUUAAAGGAGGAACUAACAAAAAAAUAUAAGAAUGUAGCACUGUGUGAUUCCAUUCCAAAUGUCUUCUUUGCUGAUGUUGCUGAUGUUUGGAAGAUGAUGAAAUUUGAGACUGCUCUGGAACUUUUUGAGAAAAUGCUGGAACAUGGUUGUUCACCUAAUAUUAACACCUAUGCAAAGCUCAUUAUAGGACUUUGCAAAGUGGGGCGUUUGGGAGUGGCCCAAAAAUUAUUUGAUCAUAUGAAUGAAAGAGGAGUAUCUCCCAGUGAAGCUAUCUAUAACUCCCUCCUCAACUGUUGUUGUGAGCUGGGAAUUUAUGGAGAUGCAGUGAGACUGGUGGGCGCUAUGAUGGAGCAUGGUCAUUUACCACUUCUAGAGUCUUUGAAUGUACUUUUCUGUGGGCUAUAUGAGGAAGGGAGCAAAGAAAAGGCUAAAGUAGUUUUCUCUAAUUUGCUUCAAUGUGGGUAUAAUGAUGAUGAAGUAGCUUGGAAAAUUCUCAUUGAUGGAUUACUUAAGAAUGGCCUUUCUGAUGGAUGUUCUGAAUUGCUGGGCGUCAUGGAGGCAAGGGGUUGCCAAAUUCAUCCUCAAACAUACAGAAUGUUAAUUGAAGGACUUGACGGGACAUAAUCUUUUGUAUUGUCUCUAGUGAAAUCUUUAAUUUCUAGGGGAAGAAAUGUUUCAGUUUACAUGUUGAAUAUGGAGGCUAGUGUAUAUAGAUGGCAAUUUAGAUCCUCUUGACGUGCAGUCUCCAAAUAAUUAGCUGGGAUUCGUUGGUUGAAUUCUAGAAUCUGCAGUAACCUGUUCAAUGAGGUAGCUCAUUUUUUAUGAGAAAGACGUACUGUUGGAUGUAGCAGCAAAACUGUGUAGAGAAAGGGAAUCUUAGAUGACAAUCAAGUGGCAGGAUCGUGUUUGGUUGCUACCUUGAGUAACAGGUCUUUCUGCACUCCAGCUAUUUUGAUACAAUUCCAUUGAAGCAAAUGAGUAGCCAACCUCAAGCCUGCUGAUUGAGGUAGAGGAUCUUGUUUGGUUGGUAUGCCCUUGCUGUAUGCAUGCGCUUAUCCUUGGGAUGCAGGAACAGCAUCUUCUUUUCGAACCAGAUCCAGAAUCAGCUUCGUCUAAUAUACCCUCCUAUCCUGAUGUUCUAGCAUGCCAGAGUUUGCCCUGCUUUCUGUGUAACGCGACGCUACUGUCUGAGUGAGAAUGAAUUUCCAUGACCUGGCUUGGCAAAAUUCCAUCAGUAAGGAUGAGUGCUGGUGCAAAAGUUGGAUCAAAGUCUUUCAACCCUUAAAACAUUCCGUCCUGAGUGUCUGAAGGGCAUCCAGAAAGAAGAAAUUUCACCUGCUGGCCAGAACUGCAAAUUGCUGUUCCUGCACCAGGAUUAUUCAAAAACUUCUACUGUACAAGUGAUUAAUUUCUGUUGGAAGGGAAAAAGAAAAGCGAGCAGAAUAUAAUAACAAUUGUGAUUUUUGAAGAACAAUAGCUGUCAUCGGCAAAAGCAAGAAAAUUUUGGGCCGGCUGAUUUGGAGGGCAAUUAUUAACUGAACGGCUGACUUUACAAAAGGAAAAUGAAGCAAAACGAUUGCUGAAUUCUAUCAACAAUGGCAUCUAUUUUUUCAAAUGUGACAAAAUCAUUUAAAAUAAUAAAAUCUAAGAAAUUAAGUUUAUCCUUGCAAAA